UUUAAGGACACCAGGGAGUCAUAGUUAAACAUUUAAUUGGACUAUGAUGAUACAACACUAAGCAAAAUGUUUAAAUUUCUAAAUAUUUGUGUUGUAGUUGUGGUGUUUACAUCAACAGUUGUGGCUUUAGCCUCUGCAAACUGUUGUUUUCCUGAUCAAUGGACUGCGAAUCUCGUAGAAACUACCGGGGAGUAUAACAGGGACUUGGACGCAGCAUCAUUAGCGUAUGGUAAUAGACAGUUUUAUUUCGACUAUACGGGGAAACAGAUAGCUUAUUUGGAAUCGUUAGACAACAGAACAGCUCAUGUUAAGACACAAACGAAAACUAUCAUCAAAUACAAUGAGGGAAAGAAGUACACUAUUAUAUCACAAAAAUGUAAGACAGAAGACAUAAGUUCUACAAUGGAAUCACCAUGCAUACCAGAUGAUGCUACACUGUUUGGAGCACAUUCAUAUCCAGCCGGUGUUAUGGCAGAAGUCUGGUUUGUUCCCGACAAGGUAAAUGGCGGUUCGAAACGCAUUUCAGUGACCAAAGAUGACUGUCUACCCCUGUCCGAGUCCAGAAUUACAGGAGGACCAGACUAUGUAAUGCGUAUGAGCCUGUAUCAGAACGUUACAAAGGGGAUUACAGAUCCAACAGCAUUUAACAUACCAGCAAGUUGCAACCAGUUGCUCGCUACUGACGAUGUGCUGCAUUUCAGAAACAGUGCGGAUAGAUACUAGAAAAGAGAAUGCCAGAAGCAAGGUUGCUCAACGCUUCACAUCUGAUCAUUUUAACCAAUGUUAUAUAAAGUUUGUUUCAGUUGAUUUAUAUCACUGUUGCCAUAAUCGGUAACACCGUAACUACUUCUAAUGGUAGUUUGAUAUAAUUUGUAUGGUAGCGUAUUUAUUUCUGUAAUGUAAAAAACUAGUGAAAUAAAUUGUUAUUAGAAAGGUC